CGCCCCGCCCGCACGCCCCGCGCCCCGAGCUCCGCGAGAGGAGGGAGGAGGCCCGGUUGCCAAGGAAACGAGAGGACGCCAGGCAGCCGCCCCCACCGCCUCUGCCUCCAGAAAGGCCAGCACCCGCCGCGGAAAGCGCCUCCGCGGAGGAGGAGGAAGAGGGGCUGCUAGGAGCGAAGACGUCAGGGAUUAAGAAUCAUGCUGCAUGAAGCAAGGGACAGGCAGAAGUACUUCAAUGAUGUCCAGUAUCUACGGGACAUGCAGCAUAAGGAGGACUUCGAGUAUCAGGCUUGUUUGAGACGACAGGAGUACAGAAGAGACUUGAAUGAGAAGAAACGAGAUCAGUUUGGGGUCCAAGAGACAAGUUCUGAGAGAUCCCUGCUUUUAAGCAAUGUAUCUCCCAAACAGAGUUCUGGUGAGGAAGAGUAUGAACCAAGACCAUCAGCCAGGAAAUCUGGGGCUAAGUGUGAUUCCAAACUUCCAGCAAUUGACCAGCCACCAGUCAAGCAGAAACAUAAAAGUACUAUGACUCCCAGGAAACCAGCGCAAGUGGGCCCUAGCAAACCCAAUCCUGAUCAAGCACCGAAGAUCUUAUCAUGGAAGGGGAGACCCAACCUGGGGAGAUUGACAGUCGGCCCAGAAACGCACAGCUCAAGAGCAUCCGAGGACAGAAGCAGACAGAGGUGGCAGCCACCAGCAAAGGCACCGACUCUCUGGGGGUCAGGUCCAGUAGUCCAACAGGAAACCUUGAUGUGGGCAGGCAAAACGAAGCUGAACAGGACAACUCAAGAGAGAAGAAGUUUCACCUCAUCCUCACAGCUGGUGAGGACAGCUGAGAACCCCCCCGAAGGGACCAAACAAGGAGCCCCAAACGCUCCUUCCCUGAAAGCGCCACAUUCAGCCCUAACUCAGACCUUCCAAGGGAUGAAGAGUCCUCAGGUGCUGAGUGGCUCCGCGGGGCCAACACUCGCCCCCAGCACCAUGGCAGGGCCGAGAAGGACAGCAUGUCGGUUCCAGGGUGAAGAACGGCAUCCCACGCUAUCACUGAACACUACAGGAGAAAACGACGAUGCUGAAAAAGAAACCGACACAGAAGAAGGAAUUCUGUUGGGCGGUGUGCAAUCUCCCCACUCUCCUUCCAGUUAUAAACAAAGUAGGUUUCUUGGGCCAUCUGCCUCUCAAGGCAAAAAUAAAAAUUUCGAAGACAACGCUGACCAUUGCCGAGGUAAUUCUUUCAGAAGCCAGCCCAAUCAUGGCUCAUCAAGAAUAAGCAACACAACAGAGCCCGUGACAAAGCAGUCUUCUGUCCGGCAAAGGAUGUUCCAAGAGCCCAGGCUGCCUGCUGAGGAGCCCGUUGAGGGAAACGACGGUAGAGACAGUAAAAAUGAGAAAAAGACCUCUGAUUCAUGCAACACCAAAUCCGAUUCCAGCCCAGACAAUGAUCUCAAUGCUAAAAAUGCAUCUAAUCAUUGCAUUUCUACGGAUGAUGGGCCUGGUACCCAUGACUAUGAAAGAGACUGCCAAGGCUGUUUAACUGGUUCCAGAAAUUCUCCAAACUCCUUAACUUCUGAUAGACCAACAGCUUCAAGACCAUCAGUGAACCCAUCUGCUAGUGCUGUGGGACCAUCAGUGCAUACUGCUCUGAGGGAUCAUGUUCCAACACACUUGUCAACGUCCUCGACUUUGGGUCCUACUUUAGACCCGAGGUUCAGUGUGUGCCAACCACUGCCUGCUAUUAGAAGUGGGAAUCCAUUUGGCAAUACUGAAAACCACGAUGAUUUUCCAGUAAACGGUGCACACGAAUCUGAUGUCAGGGCAACAGAGGACAUUAAUCCGCCCAGCCAGCCACAGGGAGCUCCACUACAUGCAGAUCUCUCAGUAAGUCCUCAAGGCAGCUGGUCCUCGGUGGAUUCUCCCGGCUCAUCUCUGCCCGGAGGGAAUUUACAAGGUCACUGGCGCGUGCUUGGGUCCCUGCAAGAAAAUGGACCUUUCACUUUCUUCGUUGUGUCAGAAUCCCCAAAUCAAAAUGAUAAUAUGAACAGCAUGUCUGCCUCUGGCUUGACAAAUGAAAAAGGGGCCACUGAGAAAAAGGCGGACCCCGAGAAACUCAAGAAAUUGCAGGAAAGUCUCCUGGAGGAGGACUCGGAGGAGGAGGGAGACUUGUGUCGCAUCUGUCAGAUAGCUGGGGGUUCCCCGACCAACGCCCUGCUGGAGCCUUGCAGCUGUGUGGGAAGCCUUCGGUUUGUUCACCACAAGUGCUUGGAAAAGUGGCUGCAAGUGAAAAUAACAUCAGGAGCAGAUCUAAAUGCUGUGAAGACCUGUGAGAUGUGUAAGCAAGACCUUCUGGUUGACCUGGAUGACUUUAAUAUUACUGAGUUCUACCAAAAGCACCGGCAAUCCCGGGCACAAAAUGAGCUGAUGAAUUCGGGCCUGUACCUGAUGCUGCUGCUUCACCUGUAUGAGCAGAGGUUUGCAGAACUCAUGAGACUCGGCUAUGGGCGGCUUUCAAGAGAGAGGUUGUCAAGCAAUCACCCACAACCCAGACCAGAAGAAAACGAAAGUAUUUGGGGGUCAGUCCUGCCUUUCUGAGGGUGUGUGCUAAACCGCUCUUUUUCUGUUACCGUGUUAACCUUGACGCUGUGGAGGGGGGGAGUUAAGACCACUGCCCAGAGGCAAAAGCAACCCCCCAAAGCUUGGGGAACUGUAGCUGCAGCAAACAGUCCAGAAUGCCAGUCCAAGCACGCUGGGUACAGAGCAGAUGAGAAUUUUAAUUCAUCCUGAAAGUAAGGGAAAAGAUCAACGAAGGGGCAGAGGGCAUCAGCAUGCUUUCCUCUUUCUUUUCCUUUUUUUUCUUUUGCGGGUGCGGGGUGCGGGGGGAGUUCCUGCUAGGAUCCUGCCUGGGAUUUUCCUUCCCAAACCCUGAAAUGCACUUCCUGGCCAUUACCGAAAGAAACCACAUUCAGUGACAGGCAGGUGACUUGAUAGGAUUCCCUCAUCACAGGCCCAACCCAGUGGGUCUGUUGGAUUCGCAGGCUGAACAAAGCAAACAGGUCUCUGGAGUGAGGGUCCUCAAGGGAGGCAGCAAGGCCGUCUUCCAGCGGAGUGUGGGAAAGUCUCCCCUGGGUUCCGAAUUCCCCCGAGAUUCCAA